AAAUUAAAAUUUGAAGCCGUCCAUUCCAUUAAAAUAAGAUGAAUGGUCCAGUACUAGACUAGGGUACCGGAAUAACCAAUCACCUGAGAGUCAUGCCUCUUUUUUAUUUUGAUUUUUAUUAUUUUUUUUAUGAAAAGAAAAAAAGCCAAAAAUUACAUUCCUCGGAGGAGCAAGCAAGAAACAAGAUUGGGAGGCUUCGAUGGUAAGAAGCACAGUGAGUGAUAAACUGAAAUGUGAGGACUGGACUGAGGAGUCUACAGCCUGGUGCUGCUGAUAUCGUUUUUCAGCUUAUCAAAAUUUCUAUCUCAAAACAUGGCUUCAAUUUGGAGUCUCCAAUUCCAUUCCCUUCAUUUCCGGCCUUCUAUUUUGGGGUGGAAGCACCGGGUUUCUUCAAAUGCAAAGGAGUUGCUACUACACCAUAGCCUAAGCCAACGCCUAAAUUGGAUUCCACUAACUCCUAAUAGAAGGUUCUUGCUGAGAGCCAUUAAUGAUUCAGUGAGCCCCGACAAGGACCAGCGUCCCCAAAAUGACGUGGUUGAUUCCGCAAAACACACUCUGGUGCUAGAUUCCAAACACCCACUUGCCACCUUUCAGGAAUCCAUUACAUCUUUCCCUCCCGUUGUUUUCCUGAUGACAAGAUGCUCAAGAAACAACUUUACAAUGGGGUUGUGCAUUGCAAUUGCAAUUAUGGUUGUUGCUGUGAGAGCAUACGUGGCAAGGAAGUCAAGGCAGAGCCGUCCUGGUUCUGUAGCUGAUCUUGUAAGGCGUGGCCAGCUAAGAUCAGAUAGAAGAGGCAUAUCAAGACCUCUCAAGUAUGAGGACCCAUUUAAUAAUCCAUUGGUGAAGGUUGGUAAGAGCAAUUCAACUGUAGAGAUGUGUGGAAAGCUUUAUCGCUUAGCUCCAGUUACACUUACUGAAGAGCAACAAGCUAUCCAUCAGAAAAGGAGGUCAAGAGCAUACCAGUGGAAGAGACCCACAAUAUUCCUUAAAGAGGGGGAUUCAAUUCCUCCUGAUGUUGACCCUGAUACAAUCAGAUGGAUUCCUGCAAAUCAUCCUUUUGCAACCACUGCUAGUGACAUUGAUGAAGACUUGGCACAAAAUAAUGUGUACCAAAAACAUGGUGUUCCAUUCCGUAUUCAGGCUGAGCAUGAGGCACUGCAGAGAAAGCUUGAAGCACUGCAAAAUGAGGAAAAAUUGAACAAUUUAUUUAUUGACAGUAGAAAUGCUAAAGAUUUCCAGAGACCAUUCAAGUUAAAUGCCAGGUCAGAUGAACUUGAUGAGGAGGGCCCCAUUAACAAUCCCACAAUUGACAAUAAGCCCCCUAAACCAGAGCGUGCCUCCAGUUCGAUUGAAAGCAACUUGUCUUCCGAGGAAAUGCAGAAACCCUGAAAUAUUUGGUGGCCUACUAUUAUUCUGCAACGAAUUUCUGAUUUUGUAGUAGAUGAAAGAUAAUAUCCUUGUGAAUUACCACUGGAAUUGGAGGUAGCACAACCUGAUGUACAAUUGUAAGAGGGAGAGCUAAGUUGUACAAAUAGUUGCAGUAUUUGAUUUGAUCCAUAUUAUUAAAAUGCAGUUUGUUCCAUGUUAAGAUUUUGUAGCGGCAGAAGUAUGCUUUUUUUUUGGCUGACAAACAAACAUCGUUUGCAUCAAUCAUUCAAUCCAAAUUCUGAAGCUAGGCUACUAUCAAUCUGGUCUCGUGCAGGACUACUAAAAUUAAAGCCUGUCGAAUUUGAUUAAUAUCCUUGUAUAAGAUUUCAGGUUAUAAGUAAUAACCUUCCUUCAGGUUGACUGGAAGCGGGAAUGCAACUGGUGAACUUCGAUCUCUCUCCUCUCUUUCUCUUUCUCUCUCUCUCUCUCUGUCCAAGCUU